UGUGUGUUUAAUUCUGUAAAAUACCCUCGAUGUUACAGUCACUGACCUUGCCGUCCAGAAUGAAAGACAACAUUCCAACUUGAACCCAUUGAGAGAGCUGUCUCUUUACUAUCGCGUGGUUUUAUACAUCUUGCCGCUGAUUGGGCCGACAUUUCUGACACACCCACCAAACAAGAGAAAACGCUUCUAAAACCUGUUGGAUUCCGUUGCACACCGUUUCAAGGAAACAUGUCGUUCAAGCCGGAAACCGUAGCAAAACGUUGCGCACCGGUGUGAGAUUGAACGUGCCCCUGAACUCCAAACUGAAUGUCAGAAAAAAAGGUGAUUUUAGCAGUUUUGAGCGUGGCACACAGCAAAAUCACCAGUUUUAAAUCUACACUGCUAGAGUUUAUAUGGGUGUUGUUAACCCACAAAGGUUUUGUUCUCAAAAACCAUUAGCUUUUACCAUUAAAACUACCACAAAAUUCCUUUAUUUUAUUGAAAACCAUUAGAAUUUCUGUGAUGGUUUUUAUUAUUUUUUUUUUCAAGGUGGAAUAAAAGAACGCAGUUUUCAUCAGUCCACUGGAAAAAAAUCAGUAUGACAGAAAAGUCUGACCUUUCAUCGUUUUCUGCUAACUUUUUUUAGUGUAAUAGUAAAUGAAACUGACAUGGUUUCUAGAGGUUUUGUAAAAAAUUAAGACAAAGUCUGUAAAAUAAACUGUUAAAAGGAUUUGAUGAUCACUCGUGUACGUUAAUCUGUGUUGUCAAUAUCAACAUUCGGGUUGGAUUUCAGGUUUAAUGUACGUUCAUUUUUUAGCAAGAAGCUACUGGACUUUCACCCCAAAAUGGCGGCUGCUGCUGGUGUUGAGUUUCGCCUCUUGUGUUCUUCGCUCUGUUUGCCACAGGUGGCGCUGUGACGCUUUGACGCUCCAGCAGUAAAUACACAGAAGAAGAUUCACUUCGGCUCUUUGAAACUGAAACAGCAGCAGCGAGCAGAAGAAAAUAAAUCUAUAACACGCAUCGAUACGAUGGAAGUAAAAGAGGAAUCUCAGGACCUGAAUGAAGUAGAGGAGAGACAACAGGAACCUCCUGAUGUCAUCACUGAAGAAAAAUCUCCCGAUUGUGUAGAAAUGUCAACUAAAAAAAGAGAAAUCAAACAAUCGGUCGGUUCCCAUCAGCGUGGAAAGAGUUUUACAAGAAGUAAAGGGAAGCCUUUCACCUGCCCUCAUUGUGGAAGAAGUUUUGCACAUAAAUCAAAUCUUAGAUCGCACACAAGGAUUCACACCAAAGAAAAGUCAUACACCUGCCCGCAGUGUGAAAAGAGUUUCACACAGAAAAGACUGCUUCUGAGUCACAUAAGAAAUCACACUGGUGAGAGACCUUACACGUGCCCUCAGUGUGGAAAGAGUUUUGCACGUAAAGAAAGCUUGAAGUGUCAUGUAAAGAUUCACACUGAAGAGAAACCUUACACCUGCCCUCAAUGUGGAAAGAGUUUCACACAGAAAAGACUCCUUGAGAGUCAUAUAAGAAUUCACACAGGUGAAAGACCUUACACGUGUCCUCACUGUGAAAAGUGUUUUACACGAGCAGCAAAUCUCAAAAUUCACCAGCGCACUCAUACUGAUGAAAAGCCACAGAAAACGCUUGUGUGCUCCGAGUGUGGAGAAUCAUUUUUAAAAACAACAGCUUUGAGAGAGCACCAAAGAAUCCAUACUGAAGGAAAACCAUACACUUGUUCAUAUUGUGGAAAGGGAUUCACUGUUUUAUGUAACUGGAAAAGUCAUGAGAGAAUCCAUACUGGAGAAAAACCAUUCGCGUGUUCACAUUGCGGAAAAAAGUUCUCCUAUUUAUGUAACUUGAAAGGUCACGAGAGAAUCCAUACUGGAGAGAAACCAUACACAUGUUCAUAUUGUGGAAAGAGAUUCACUCAUGCAUCUCAGUGGAUAAGACAUCAAACGAUUCACACUGGAGAAAAACCAUAUACAUGUUCACAUUGUGAAAAGAGAUUCUCUUAUUCAUGCGACUGGAAAAGACACGAGAGAGUCCAUACUGGAGAAAAACCAUACACGUGUUCAUAUUGUCCAAAGAGUUUCCCUGAUUUACGUUACUGUAAGAGACAUGAAAGAAGUCAUACUGGAGAGAAGCCACAUCACUGUCCUCUAUGUGGAAAGAGUUUCACUUCAUCAAGCGGUUUAAUAAGACAUAAAAAAUCAUGUGGAAAGCAGUCACAAACCACAUCCUCAGAUUCAUAACACAAAAUCAAAAGCAGUGCUCCAGAAAUAUUCAUUCUCAGUCAGCUUAGCACUGGUGCAGCUACAAAAAUGCCCCAUAAAUAAAAUUCAGAGCAGCCAUUAAGACUUUUAAGCAGCCAUUGUUCAUCAUGGCUGACGUCAGGAGAACAGAUUUGACAGAAUUGUACUUUAGCUUUGGUCACCUUGCUAACUAUUUUCUGCAGUAUUUUGUCUCCAAUUAAUGUUAUAAUCUCAUUGUGUAUGCUACUGCUAAGGUAAUAGACAUUUGCAUCUUUGUUUUAAAUUCUUCUAAUAUGUUCAUUUAGAAUUUUAUUGAAUUGUGCCUUCAGCUCCACUUGAAAUUGGCAUUGUGUGGGUCAAAGAAAACAUCUGCAUGGCCCCUUGCAGCUUGAUAUUCUGCUCAUAGAGAGCAAAUGAUGCCAAUGAUUCUCCUUAUUACACCUCACUUCAUCUAUUCCUGUUUUAGUUAGCAACCUCAUCUGAGGAUUGUGCCAGCUCUUCAUAUUAUCAGCAUGUGCUUUUGAAUACUCAUGUUUUUUAUUUAAUUUAUUUUAAUUAAAUGUAUUUAUUUUUUCUUUAUUUUAGCUCCAACUUGCCUCAGCACACCUGCCUAAACGUUUCUAGUAUGCUUAGUAAAACCUUAAUUGGCUGCUUCAGGCGUGUUUAAUUAUGGUUGGAGCUAAACUCUGCCGGACCGAAGUUGCCCAUCCCUGAUCUAUAAGUUAAUGAAGGCUUACAGACUAAUGAGUGGGGAGCAAGCAGAAACGAUAAUUGAACAUGCUCGCACACUCAAAGAAUGAUGGAGCUAAUUGCUUCUGUGUUUUUCAAGUUUAUUUGGUCUGUUUUGUAUGUAUUUGUUGACAAUAAAUAUUAGGAACGGAACGACCAUUGAUGGAAGCAAAUGUUAAGUUAAACAUGAGUCAAGAGGAAGCUCCUGACUGUCUCAAAGACUAAAAGUUUGGCAGAACAGUAAAAAAAACCCUGUGGUUUCUUUGUCAGAGACCUCAAGACUUCCAGUAGAGGUGGUAAAUGGUAUACAAGAUUUUCUACCACAGAAAUGUCCUACAGAGAACGUUGUUAAUUUGACUAAAACUGCAGAAUGUCAAGGCAACAGUUAUGCUACUGGCAUGAUUUUGGUAUAUGGCACCACUGGUGGGUUGCCUGACUUGCUGAGAUUGUAGAAAUUGUUGUUGUUCAUGACUGCUUGGUCUUUGUAGUGAAACACAAGGUAAUUUCAGAAGGGCUUGUGUUGUGUGACAUCUUGUCAAGACCUGUGUAUUUUCUGAAUAGUGCUGCAUGACAUAGAAUACUUGUUAAAUAAUACAAUAUGCAAUGAGAAAACGAUUAAAAUUUGUUAAAAAUGUUGUCUUGAAGAUUGAAAUAUAUAAAAAAUUAACUAACUUUUCCUUCUAGAUAAAGCACGCAUCGCUCGAUCUCCUCAGUCUCCGUUAUCUUUCUGCCUGAUUUUUUUAAGUAUUACAAUCAUAUUUAUUUCAAAUCAUACCACUACUUUGUUCAUUUAGAUCUUUUAUAUUAUCAUAUUGUAUAUAUUACAUUAAACAAGUAGAUCAGAAAAUGUACACUAAAUGAAUAUACUGUGCAAAAUGUAAAUUAUUUUAAUUCACGAAUCCCAGAAAUGUUUGAAACCUGCAGGGUGCAAUUUGUGGAUUCAUUUGUUUUUAAUUUGAUUGGU